UCAUCGUUGAAUAUUAAUUUAUAAAUUUAAUUUUUCAACAUUCUUUAAUUGUUGUAAUGUUAUUCAUAUUUUUGUGCUACUAAAAUCAUUUAUUUCUUUUUCUUUCAGUUCAUGUAUUUUGUUGUACUCCAUUUUAUUUGAAUCUCCAACACGUGGUGACCUUAUUAAUAGAUAUUUUUCCAUCGAUAGGAAUAGGAUGGAAUGUGGCGAAUAAAAAAAAAAUGCAUGUGACUAAUGUGUGUCAUGGAUUCGUGGAAUUGUGAAUUUUUCGAUACGGGUGAAAUACUAUUGAGCGAUAAUUUCUGCGUACAAAGAUAAACAUCUUAUCUGUCGAGGAUUGAGAAUUAUUUGAGGAUUGUUGUGCUGGUGUACUGGUGUAAAGACCAGAAAUGAUCGGUGAAAAUUAGAGAGAAGAGACGAUAGGGAUUUUGGAAUGCGCUUGAAAUAACUGGGGUGUUAGGUAGUGCUCGGAAAGACCUGGGUAUAAGUGACAUGCGUGUUAUUCGAAUAGACGAGACGUUAGUACAUGCGCAGAUGUUAUUUUCGAUUUUAUUUGAAUUCUCGUGUAUUCGGGGAAGGAAAACUUCUUGGUAAUCUCUGGAGAGAGCGCAUUUCGCUUAGAAGAGUUUCUGCUGAAGGCUCAGAAAUAAAUGGAUUUUGGGAGAUAAUUUCUGACGAGCAUGGCAUCGACCCGACUGGUAGAUACGUCGGCACGAAUGAUCUCCAGCUAGAGAGGAUCAAUGUUUAUUACAACGAAGCAGGAAAUAACAAAUAUGUUCCUCGUGCUAUUCUCGUGGACCUCGAGCCAGGUACCAUGGACUCCAUUCGAAGUGGUCCCAUCGGUCAGAUCUUCAGACCCGACAAUUUUGUUUUUGGACAAAGUGGAGCUGGUAAUAACUGGGCUAAGGGGCACUACACAGAGGGAGCAGAGCUCAUAGAUUCUGUUCUCGAGGUUGUGCGUAAAGAAGCAGAAGGAUGUGACUGUCUCCAAGGAUUCCAGUUGACUCACUCCCUCGGUGGUGGCACUGGAUCCGGCAUGGGAACACUUUUAAUUUCAAAAGUCAGAGAAGAAUAUCCAGAUCGUAUCAUGAAUUCGUUUAGUGUUGUUCCAUCGCCAAAGGUAUCAGAUACCGUUGUUGAGCCCUACAAUGCCACCCUAUCAGUGCACCAACUGGUAGAAAAUACUGACGAGACUUUCUGUAUUGACAACGAAGCACUUUACGACAUUUGCUUCAGGACACUGAAGUUGACUUCACCCACUUAUGGUGACCUAAAUCAUCUCGUUUCAGUUACAAUGUCAGGUGUGACUACAUGCCUGAGGUUCCCAGGCCAGUUAAACGCUGAUCUGCGUAAAUUGGCAGUGAACAUGGUACCAUUCCCACGUCUUCAUUUCUUCAUGCCAGGUUUCGCUCCACUGACUGCCAGAGGAAGUCAAGGGUAUCGCGCUCUAACGGUUCCAGAACUGACACAACAAAUGUUCGAUGCCAAGAACAUGAUGGCAGCGUGCGAUCCUCGUCACGGUCGUUACUUGACAGUGGCUGCAAUAUUCAGAGGCCAAAUGUCGAUGAAGGAAGUGGACGAACAGAUGUUAAACAUUCAAAACAAAAAUUCUGCCUAUUUUGUGGAAUGGAUUCCCAAUAAUGUCAAAGUUGCUGUGUGUGACAUUGCUCCCAAAGGUCUUAAAAUGUCUGCCACCUUCAUCGGUAACUCAACAGCUAUUCAGGAGAUCUUCAAACGCAUCAGCGAGCAGUUUACUGCCAUGUUCAGACGUAAGGCUUUCCUCCACUGGUACACGGGAGAGGGCAUGGACGAGAUGGAGUUCACAGAGGCUGAAAGUAACAUGAACGACUUGGUAUCUGAGUACCAACAGUAUCAGGAGGCGACAGCAGAAGACGAGGAGGCCUUCGAUGACGAAGAAGUCAUGGACGAAGAGGGAGUAGAGUAAUGUCAUAUCUUUCCAGAAGUUUUUAUUCUUUUUUUGUGAUGAAUCUAUCAUACAAAACUGACUUCCCUUGUUAUUGAAUAGAUGACUUGAUUUCUUUAUAACUUUUUUUUGUAGAAAGAAUAAAAAAUAUAAUGACCGA